GGCUACAUCAUCAAGAAGCUGAAGCUGGGAGCGCGUGAGUCAGCCAAGCUGGCCAUGAUCUGCAGCGGGGUGUCUCUGCUCUGCUUCUCCACGCUCUUCAUCGUGGGCUGCGAGAGCAUCAACCUCGGGGGGAUCAACAUCCCCUACACCACCGGACCUACCCUCACCAUGACGCAGAGGAACCUGACCGGAGGCUGCAACGUGAACUGUGGGUGUAAAAUCCACGAGUACGCUCCGGUCUGCGGUUCUGACGGCAUCACGUACUUUAACCCCUGCCUGGCCGGCUGCAGCAGCGUGGCCAACGACAGCAACGGGAUCCGUAACUACUCGGAGUGCGCCUGCGUCCAGAGCAGGCAGGUCAUCACGCCGCCGUCUGGCAGCCAGGGCAGCAACCAGCUGCAGCUCGUCAUCGUCAAGACCUACCUGAACGAGAACGGCUACGCCGUGUCGGGGAAGUGCGACCGCACCUGCAACACCCUCAUCCCGUUCCUCAUCUUCCUCUUCAUCGUCACGCUCAUCACUGCCUGCGCGCAGCCCUCCGCCAUCAUCGUCACCCUCAGGUCUGUUGCAGAGCAGGAGAGGCCGUUUGCUCUGGGAAUGCAAUUUGUUCUCCUCAGGACCCUCGCCUACAUCCCGACGCCCAUUUACUUCGGCGCCGUCAUCGACACCACCUGCAUGCUGUGGCAGCAGGACUGCGGCGUCCACGGCUCCUGCUGGGAGUACGACGUCACCUCGCUGCGCUUCGUCUACUUCGGCCUGGCCGCCAGCCUCAAGUUCCUGGGCUUCCUCUUCAUCUUCCUCACCUGGUACUCCAUCAAGUACAAGGAGGAGCGGGUGGAGCGCUGGCUCAGGCGCCACCUGUCGCCCGCCGACACCGUGGGCAGCCUCGUCUGCCACCCGGGGGGCCACAAGGGCCACGCCCGCACCCGCUCCUGCCCCGUCAACAUCCCCCGGAGCGACCCCGGCGCGCCGCUGCCCGCCAGCGCCCUCAACCGCGGCGUCAGCACCCAGAGCUGCCCCGGCAACGAGCUGAAAGCAGUAGCUCCUCCUCCUCCGGUGGAUUCACCUGCGGCCACGCCGGCCCCCACCCCGGCCCGCUCACUGGAACACGUUUCAGUGCGAGUUUGAGGAUGUGACGAGGCUAACCGCUAACAGCUAGUCAUUAGGCUUUGUUUGGACCGGGUCAGAACCUGCAGCUGGAGGCUCAUACUGAUUUAAGUUGGACUCGUUGUGAGAACCAAGAGGCUGCAGAGGUUUUCCUGUGAAAACAGAAAAAAAAGUUGCUAAAGUGUUUUUUUUUUUUUUUUUUUU